AUGGACAACAUCGACGAAGAAUAUGACCGGCUCGUUGAACACCUUCACGACUGCGCGAAGAAGGCUGAGAGUUUUAAAACCACCAAGAGGCGCCUGUCUCUUGAAACUCUUGAGCUGGUACGCCAACGUGGAGCAGCACGAGCCGCAGGGAACCAAGAACUCACGUCCGAGCGCGCAAAACUUUGCAAAGAGGUGAUAAAGGAAGACCUUAAAGAGAGAAGAGCAGAAGUGCUGGCUGAAGUUGCAGAGGCGGGGAAAAGCAUCCGCUAUGCCCGUCGAGACUUCGCCAGUCGCAAGACAAGACUGCUCUCCGGAACCCGAGGGGAACAACCAUUGCAUCGAGAGGGGGGAUGGAGAAAAUCAUCUACGACUUCUACUCUGAUCUCUUCGACAGCCAUGUCCAUUUGCCUCCUCACCAUCUGA